GGAGUGCCGUCGGCAGCAGCAGCAGCAAAGGCAGCUAAGUACGGAGCCGGCGUUCCUGGCAUCGCUGGCGUUCCUGGGGUUCCUGGCGUUCCUGGAGUUCCCGGUGUCCCUGGUGUCCCAGGAGCAGGACGUGUGCCCGGUGUUGGUGUGCCCGGUGUUGGCGUGCCUGGCGUUGGCAUUCCCGGAGUGGGUGUGCCUGGUGUCGGUGUGCCUGGUGUUGGUGUGCCUGGUCUGGUGCCCGGGGUCGGUCCGGCAGCCGCUGCAAAAGCAGCCGCCAAAGCAGCCAAGUACGGAGCAGGUGGCCUGGCUCCCGGUGUGGGUGGCCUGGCUCCCGGCGUGGGUGGCCUGGCCCCUGGUGUGGGUGGCCUGGUUCCUGGAGUAGGUGGCCUGGUUCCUGGUGUUGGAGGUGUCCCAGGUGUUGGAGGUCCAGCAGCAGCAGCAAAGGCAGCAGCUAAGGCAGCCAAAUUUGGUGCUGGGGUUGGAGGGGUGCCAGGUGCGGUGCCCGGUGUAGGUGGAGUGCCCGGAGUGACACCUGGUGUUGGUGGUGUGCCUGGCUUGGUGCCAGGGGUGGGAGUACCUGGAACUGGCAUCCUUCCCGGGGCAGGCAUCCCUCAAGUAGGGGUGCAGCCUGGUGCUAAACCUCCCAAAUUUGGUGUUCCUGGCGUUGGAGUCCCAGGGAUUGGUGGCCUCCCAGGUGGCCUCGGUGUCGGUGGGCUCGGAGUUGGUGGUUUUGGUGCUGGGGGGCUGCAGCCAGGGGUUGGAGGUCCCGGCUUCGGCGUAUCACCGAUAUUUCCAGGUGGAGUCGGCGGCCUGGGAUUUGGUGGGAAGCCCCCCAAGCCCUAUGGAGGAGCCCUGGGUGCCCUGGGCUUUAGAGGCGGCGCGGGCUGCGCGGCAGGGAAAUACUGCGGGAGGAAGCGGAAGUAACGCUCCGUCACCCAUCACCUCAUGAACUUUGGUGCUACUGCAUGGUCCAGAAUGUAAAUCCGAAGCAAAGCUGAGACACCCCCUCCUCAAGCUCCCG